AUGGAACGAGAACAAGACACCGGAAUCUCUGUUCUUGUUGUCGGGGGUGGCAUUGCGGGUUUGAGCUUCGCUAUUGAGGCUUAUCGGAAGGGACACAACGUCCGCGUUAUCGAACGACGAGUCCGGGGAGAGACUGCAGGCGAAGCAAUUGUGAUCACAAGCUCUGCCCUCCAUACCCCAAAGAAAUGGCCGGGCUUCAUGGAGCGGGCAAGCCAAGAGGCAGCUGCACCGGUGGCCACCAUGAAAAAGUUCGACGGGACUCUGAUCGGAACCUUCCCCAUCGGUGACCCAAACAACCCAUCUCUGGCAAUCUACCGAGCGAAGCUACAUAACGUUCUCUUUGAGUAUGUCGAGCAGCUCGGCAUCCCACUCGAGUUCUCUGCGACAGCUUCGGAAUUCUUCGAAGCAGGUGACCAUGGUGGUGUGGUCCUGUCUGAUGGACGCCGUCUCACGGCCGACGUAGUGGUGGCUGCCGAUGGAGUCGGCUCCAAAUCAUGGGCCUUGGUGACUGGCAACAAAGAGUCUCCUGUCAGUUCAGGAUUCGUGCUUUAUCGCGUCACGUUCCCCGUGGCACCGGCCCUCGAAAACCCGGUCAUUGCGGCGGAGCUUGAAGGUUUCAAAGACCGGGCAUUCCUACAUGCCGGCCCGGGGGCACAUAUCGUGACUUGCAAGUAUGGGGACGAUAUUUGCUGGCUACUCACUCGCAGGGAACAUGACAGCAAUGCGGAAGAAGACUGGGAGAAAACCACAUCGAUCGACAAGGCCCUCAAGGCCGUGGCUGGGAACCGUUCGUGA